AGAAUGCGUAUUUUGAUCAUAUUAAUAUCGUGUCUACUUCCGUUUUCUGUUGCUGACGAUCUAACACAAAUUUCUCACAAUGAAAUUCCAAAUGAAGAUAUUGUUUCAGACGAUGAAUCAAAAUGGAGGCUGGAAGCAAUACAUAAAAUGUGGGAAGAACGUCGAAAAAUGGGUCACACUCCGUUGGUGAAGUUCAGUCCACCAGGUUUUCCGAAUACUGAUAUAUUCUUCAAAAAUGAAACAGUUUCCGCCACAAGAACUUUGAAACACAGAUUUGCGUGGGCUCUAUUGCUUUGGGCAAUUGUUGAAGGGAAAGUCACAUCAAAAACAUCAGCUGUCUAUGAUGCAACAUCGGGAAACAUGGGAUCUGCAGAAGCUUAUAUGUGCACUUUAGUCGGGAUUCCGUAUUUCGCCGUAGUUUCUGAGGAAUGUGAACAAGAGAAAAUUGAUAACAUUGAGAAAUUUGGUGGAAAAGUUAUAAAGGUACCAACUGCUCUCCGAACUACAAAAAGCAACGAAUUUGCUAUUGAAAACAAUGGCUUUUAUAUAAACCAACAAAAAAACGCUGCACUCGCUGAAGAGUUUCAUGAAAGUGGAGAUUUUAUUAAUUAUGAGUCUUCUAAUGUCUUCCAUGAAAUUCUUGUCCAAUUGAAAGACAAUGAGAAGCAAACUUCAAAGGUACCUGAUUUCUUUGUUCAUCCUGCUGGCACUGGUGGAACUGUAUCAUCGGUUGGAAGAUAUGUAGUCAAAUAUGGUUUACCUACAAAAGUUGUUCUUGCUGAUUCACAAUUUUCGGUUUACUAUGAUUAUGUAAUUGGAAACAAGUUCACAAAUCAAACUGGAGAAAAAGUCUGGAGAGCUCCAGGAAUUGCUGGAACAGGAUAUGGAUAUGAUAUUGUACCAAUACAGUAUGGAGAAACAACAAGUUUAACAAAAAAUGUAAUAAAUGAAGCUAUGAAGAUGCCUGAUAUUGCAACAGUUGCCGCCAUGAGAAUUCUUAAUGAAAUGGGAUAUAAUGCCGGUGCAUCAACAUCUCUCAAUUUUUUGGUUUGCCUUUACAAAGCAUAUCAAACAAAACAAAAAUCAUCCAACAAUGAAUAUCAGCUUACAAUUGCAACUUUGGCUGGUGAUCCCGGAGAUUUUUAUCAUAGCACUUACCUAGAUGACGGAUGGGUUGAUACACAUUUAAAUUAUGUUGGCGGUGUGACUGCAAUGGAAUGUUGGAAGAAGUUAAUACAAGAAUCUAUCGAUACGGGAUCCAAUUUCUAUUUGAAUGGACUCACAAUGUGUUCAUGAUGCCUUAAUUAUGUUGUUUUUUUAAGUUUGGCAAUUUAUCUAAAUUUUUUUGAACAAUGAAUAAUAUUAAGUGUU